AUGAGGAACAACAGAGCUGGAUGGGCUUCCGUGGGAAAGCCUCUCGGGAGGGAUCUAGCUGAUCACGUGUCACUGAUCACACCAAGCAUAUUCUUUCCGAUGAAGCUGUCCGGGUAUGAAGUAGGAGCUCCAUGGAUUGGGAGCUUAUGGGGUGGAAUGAGGACGACUAAGUCGUAUAUCCCAUUCGAGGUAAUCUCACUUACACCAGUGUACCAGUUCGUAUUUACUCACAAGUACUACGUGAAGGCUAAUACGGAGGCCUUCCGGAGUAGUGGAGCUGAACAGAUCAAUAAGCCUUAUGGUUUGUCAGCCGUCUUCGGUAGAGUCGCUGAGGAGGGCUAA